AUGACUGAAAGAUUAGAUGAAGCACUAGUGCGUAUAUUCUACUGUGUGCAACAACAUUAUUUCAAAGAAGAAAUUGAGCUGCUAUUGAAGAAUAGAGAAUUGCCAGCAAACAGUAAAUAUAAAAAUCUGAGCAUUUUUGUAGAAGAUACUUAUGGUGUUCCGCUACUACGUGUUGGUGGGAGAUUAGCGAAGGCUGCAUUACCAUAUGAUGCUAAACAUCAAAUUUUGUUACCGAAUAACUCAGAAAUAGUUCGCAGUUUUGUACGAUUUCUUCAUUUCAAAUAUUUGCAUGCUGGUACGCAAGCGCUUAUGGCUAUAGUUAGGCAGCGAUUUUGGAUAUUUCAUGCUAGAGGAGUAAUACGCAAAAUUACUGGUAGUUGUCUACAAUGCUUUAGAUGCCAUCCAAAAUUGAGUAAUCAGAUUAUGGGCGAUUUACCCUCUUCUAGAGUCACCGUAGCGAGGCCAUUCACUGUGACUGGAGUGGACUUUUGCGGCCCUAUUACAACAACGUAUCUACUUCGUGGGUACAGAACAACAAAAAGCUAUAUUGCUGUUUUUAUUUGUUUUGCCACAAAAGCUGUGCAUAUGGAGGUGGUCUCUGAUUUGACUGCAAAGGCUUUCCUGGCUUCAUUAAAAAGAUUUGUAGCUCGACGCGGCUUAUGCUUAAAAUUAUUUUGCGACAAUGCCACUAAUUUUGUGGGUACUCGUAAAGAGCUCGAGGAAAUGAAAUGCAAGUUUUUUGAUCAACAAGUACAGGGCAAGAUUUCAAAAUAUUGUACUGCCAAUAGUAUUGAAUUUCAUCAUAUACCACCCAGAUCCCCCCACUUUGGUGGACUAUGGGAAGCGGCUGUAAAAUCAGCAAAAUAUCAUUUGGCUAGAAUAUUGGGUCAAUCGCAUCUUACAUUUGAAGAGCUGGCAACAGUGGUUGCGGAAGUAGAGGCAGUUUUAAAUUCAAGACCUUUGACAACCUUGUCUAACGACCCAAAUGAUGAAAGCGUUCUUACACCGGCACAUUUCUUAACAGGUGGUCUGUUGGUUGGAACUGUGGAACCUACUGUGGAUAGCGAAGAAUGGUCUCAUAAAGAUAGAUGGCUACGAAUUUCGGCCAUACAACAACAUUUUUGGAGAAGGUGGUCGGCGGAGUAUCUUCAUGAACUUCAACAGAAAGUCAAAUGGACUAAGAAGCAGAAGAACCUUAAUGAAGGUGAUAUGGUGUUAGUUGCAGAAGAAAAUUUGCCUUCUAAGCAAUGGCUUAUUGGGAGAGUGCUGAAAGUGACAAGAGAUGCUAAAGGUUGGGUUCGAGUUGCUGAUGUAAAAACAAAGAAUGGAGAGGUUCGCCGAGCAAUCCAUAAAUUGGCACCUAUUCCAUCUGAAUGUUGA